UCCUCUUCCUCUCUGCGUGGUGUCCACUCACGAAACUGUAUCGUUUCCGGAGUGUUCAUGCCUUCAGAAAUGCUGGAAUUUGAUAGCUAACCACUCUCUGUAAACAAUAACAAUCAACUUUGAAAGGAGGUUUCGUCAUGCGGAUUUGGUCAGUUUUGUUUACGGUCCAUGCCUCUCUUGUGGACUUUUUUGCAAUCUAGCUAGCCAGCAACUAACAAGUCAACAGACUGGUAUCUUCCAGCUGAUCAAAACAAGGUCAAUUGACGAUGCGUGGUGAUGGCCUGGGAGAUGGACAGCUCACAUGGACCAGGGUCACCCCAAAGAGUUCUGCCCAAAAAUGAACAUUCCGAGGUGGAACUGGUCUCCAGAGGUCGGGAGUCCCUCCCUACUUCAUGUGUCAAACAGGAGCGGACAGAAAUAUUUGUUACGAACCCUGAGCCUCAGAGGCCACCGCACAUCAAAGAGGAGGAGUAUGAGACCACAGUCACGCCCAUUUUACUACCUACCAAACAGGAGAGUGAAGACAAGGAGAUUCCUGACUCUAAACCAAUGAAACUUGAGCUUCAUGAUCCAUCCAGCCAAUCAUGCACAGACCAAGAGGAGGAGAAAGCAGAGCUGAAGAAGUCUGGAGGAGUGUCACAUCCAAAGUAUUCCGGUCUCCCUAAGCUUCAGGCCCCCUCUCAGCCCUCGGCAGCUGCAGGCUCCAGUCCUGUGUGUAGGGAGGAAGGUGAGACAGAACCAGAGAUACAGGAGGACCAGGGCCCAGGAGACUGGCUAGCCCCCAUGGAGGACGACGAGGCCCUGGGUGAGUCCCAGCGUCGACUGGGAUUUGAGUCCACCAGCCGCUCCCUUUCUGCCAUGCUGGGCUCCGACUCGGAGUCAGACAACAAGGAGGGGGAAGAGGACCCCACCUGGGCCCCUGCCGACCCCCAGACCCUCCAGGACGACCCAGACGCCGACAUCCCCGCUCUUCGAGAGGCGUCCCCACUGCGGCACAGGAAAAGAACAUCAUCGUCACAAGGUCGAGGCAAAAGAGGUAGAGGUGGUGUCUCCUCGUCUCUGGAACCCAAAAAGAAGCCCAAAAACUUUUCCUGCCAGGAGUGCGGGAAGGCCUUCAUAUCCCGCCGUGACCGGGAGAGACACAUUCGCACUCAUAGCGGGGAGAAGCCGUUCCCCUGCCCCAGAUGCGACAAACGCUUCAACGACAGUGGGAACAUGCGUAAACACAUGCUGAUCCACUCGGGGGAAAGGCCCCACCUCUGUCCAGACUGCGGCAGGGGGUUCUCAGAGAGGGGGAAUCUCUGCAGGCACAGGGCCCACAUCCACGGCAGUAUGCCCAAGUCCGAAUGUGAAGACUGUGGGAAGACCUACAUAGAGAAAGGAGGUCUGGACCGCCACAUCAGAUCUGGAGCCUGCUCUGCAACAAAAAAAGCAUGAAAUAUAUAAAUGAAAAAUGUUCUAGGGGCCUACAAUUACGGCCCAGUUUCACCAGGCACUACCUCCAGCGAUCAAACUAUCAAAGAUAGAUGGCGACUUAACGGCCGGUGACUAGAGAGCUCGGUGAUUCCUUACUGAAGGUAUUUCUCGCAGCAUUAGGGGGUGGGAGAAUUGAGGGAUGGGAAAUUUCAUGAAUCGAGAGAAAUAAUGACAUUGAUUAUGAAAAACAGUUCAUAUGAACCGAGAAAAUGUGUAGAGAAAUCGAUAUGAUAGAUUAUCUAGUCUGUAUUUGUUUUCUACUUCCUAUCAAUCAAUACUUAAAAAAUAUAUAUAUUUUAAGCCAUUUUAUUUUCUCAAGACUCGAAUGGAAAUGGAUAACUGAAUGUCAUUUAAUGUUUGUCCUCCCGAAGAGAGCGUUUUCUCCGUGAGUGCCUUUAUGAGUGCUUUGUGAAUAUGAUGAUCUGUACUUCACUGUUAACGUUAACAAUCAUGGAUCAAG